AUGUUUUCUCGAAUUUCAUCAAAUAUAACUAUUAAAUCAUCAGUACAAAGACAAUAUCAAAUUGAUACAGCAAAUAAAUAUAGACACGAAAGGAAUCAAUAUUCAGAUGAAUUAUUAAAUAAAUUUAUAAAUAAUAAUGAAAAACAAUAUCACUAUCAAAUUAAAAAUGAAAUAAAACCAAUUUUAUUAUCAUUAUCAAAUUUAAUUAAAAAAUAUAAUAAUAAUAAUAAUAAUGAAAUAAAUUUUUUAUAUAAUGAAAAUAAUAGUAUAAAUAAAAUAAUUGAUUAUUUUAAAAUUGUUAUAAAUAAUAAUAAUAAUAAUAGUAAUAAUAAUUUUUGUAAUUCAAUAAUAAAUAAGGUUUUAUUUAAAAGGACGAUUUUAUUUGAUAGAAGUAAUCAAUAUCAAUUAUUUGAAAAUAAAAAUAAAAAUAAAAAUUUAAAUAUUUUAUUCCCAAAUGAUUGGACUGUUGAGAAUAGGUUAAAUAGUGAUUAUUAUUUUAAAUUACCUUUAAAUUGUUACCUUUAUUUCAUUGAAAAAUUAGAUUUAUUUCAUUCACCAAUUAUAAAUAAUAAUAACCAUAACAAUAGUAUUUUUAUAAAUAAUUUCAUUAAAUCAAUAUUAAUUGAAAAUAUCUCUAAAUUAAUUAAUACAAUUAAUUUAAAUAAUAAUAGUGAUGAAUUAAAUUUAAUAUUACUUCAAAGUUUAUUUAAAUUAGUAUUUUUUAAAAAUAAUAAUAAUAAUAAUAAUAAUAAUAAUAAUAAUAAUAAUAAUAAUAAUAAUAAUAAUAAUAAUAGUAAUAAUAAAGAUAGUAUUUAUCGUAAAAGUAAAUCAUUGGUUUUUGAAAUGUUAAUUAAAGAACAAUCAAUUAAAUUAAUAAAUGAACCAACAUUUCAAUAUAGAUUUACAAUUUGUUUACUAGAUUUUUUAAAUGAUAUUUUAAAAGAUAUACCAGAAUCACAACCAUCCGAAACAGUAACAAAAACAACAACAACAACAACAACAACAACAUCAACAUCAACAACAAUACUACAAACAAUUAAUUCUACAAAUUAUUCAUUUUUAACAAUUGAUGAAAUCAUUGAAUUUUUAGAAUCGUUUUAUAAUAUUGUUAUAGUUAAAUGGGAUAAACAAACUUUAACAUCUUUUAUUACAAUUUCAAGGGUUUCAACACUUCAUAAUCUUUUAAAUAAAAGGAAAUUUCAAAAUGGUACAAUCGGUAUUUUAAAUUUUCAUUUAUAUUCAAUAUCAAAGAAUAAUCAUUUAGAUGAAAUGAAUGAUAAUAAAAUUUAUAACAAUAUUAAUAAUAAUAAUAAUAAUAAUAAUUAUAAUAAUAAUAACAAUAAUUAUUUAAUAAAAAAAGGAAAUAAAAUUAAAGAAAUUGAAAACAAUAUCAAUAAUCUUUUUAAAAUUGCUGAAUUAUUUAAUUAUAAUGAAUAUAAUGGUGGUAAUUUGAAGAGGAUUAAAAUCAUUAUCGAUAGAUUAUUAUUAAUAACAUCAUCAUCAUCACAAAUAAAUGAAAAUCAAAAAUAUAUAAAUCAACUUAAACAAUUAGUUAAUAUUAUAAUAUGGAUACCGUAUCAUCAAUUUAAAGAGAGUUAUAAUAAUCCAAAUAAUAAUAAUAAUUAUAAUGAAAAAGAAUUUAAAAAUAAAUUAUCAAUUUGGUAUAAUGAUUUUUUAAUACCAAUUUUAAAUGGAUUUAAAUUUGAAAUUAGUGAAAUUGAAAAUUUAUCACUUGUUUUAUACUUUUUAUCAAGUUUAUCAAUAAUUGACAAUGAUAAUGAAAUUAUAAAUUAUUUAAUUAAAUGGUUUUUAUCAAUAUUUAGUAAAAUAUCAGAUAGUGAUACCUUUUUAAAUGAUUUAAGAAUUAUUUCAAAACAUUCAAAUAUUAUAAAAAGAAUUUUAAUUAUUCAAAAUAAAAAUUCACCAAUUUCAAAUAUUUUAGUUAGAUCAUUAAAUAAGUUAACAUCAGUAGUUCAACAUCAACAUCAAUCAAAAAAUUCAAAUCAAGACGAAUAUGUAAAUAAUAAUAAUAAUAAUAAUAAUAAAAAUGAUGAAAUAAUACAAGAUGAUUAUUAUAUUAAUCAAGAUGAUAAAUUCAAUUCAUUCUUUGAACACCAUAGUAUUAAUCAAGAGAAUGAACUAUCAAUUAUUCAAGAUUUGAAAUUAAUUGGAUUUCUAGACCCAAAUUUAUUAAUGGAUACAUUCUUGAAAUCAAUUAUAAAGAAUAAAGGUCAAGCAGAUUUCUUUAUUGAUUUAAUUUAUCAAAAGUUAUCAAAUGUAUUAUUAUUUUAUUGCGAUGCUGAUAAUAAUGGUUGGUUAGUAAUGAAAUCAUUUUCAAGAUUUUUACAAACUCAAUAUGGGUUAAUGAAUGAAUCACAAGUUUAUAAUUUUAUUAAAUUUUUUGAUUUAAUUUUAGAAAAUCAUAUUCAAAAAAAUGGUGAUGGUAAUGGUGAUAUUAUUGAAACACUUUUCUUAAAUUCAAUAUUAUUAGAUUUUAUAUAUUCAUUUUUAGAAUACCUAAAACAACAACCACAAAUAAUUGAUAUUUAUCAAAUUGAUAUUAUUUUUCAAGUUUUAAAAUUAACAACGACAAAGAAAUUUAAAAUUUCAGAUCAACUUAAAGAAAAGAUAGUUUGGCCUUUAUUGGAAUACAUAAAUUAUCAAUUUACAUUAAUUAAUUUUGAAGUCAUUACACCAGAUUUUAUUCAAUCGUUUUAUGAAGUUUUAGAAUUAUUAUUCACUUUUAAUCAUUUUAAUUACAAUCAAGAAAUAUUUAAAAAUUUAAAUUGGAAAUUACAAUUUAGAAUUUUAAAUUAUGUUAAUAACAAUAAUAAUAAUAAUAAUAAUAAUAAUAAUAAUAAUAAUAAUAAUAAUAAUAAUAAUAUAUUUAAUGGAAAUAAAUUACAAGAGUUAUUAUCUUUAGAAUCAAAUUGGUUAUCACUUGAAAAAUCAAACCUAAAUUAUAAUUUUAAAGAAACUCAUGAAAUAUCAAAUUUAAUUGAAUUAUCUUGUAUUUCAAGUAAAUUUUGUUUGGAUAUUAUAAAUUUAAUAAAUUUAACAGAUAACGAUGAUCAUAAUAAAAUUGAAUUAUUUUCAAAUAAAAAGAAAUUUAAAAAAUUAUUUUUAAUUUCUUGUUCAAACCUAUUACCAUUUUCACCAAGUAAUUAUUAUUCAAUUUUAAUAAACCAAAUCCUACCAUCAUUAAUAAAUAAUAAUAUAAUUGAAAGUGAUGAUAAAGAAUCAAUCAUUAAAAAUAAAUUAUUAUUUUUAUUAAAAAUAAUUAAACUAUUUUGUAUUGGGAAUAGUGAUAAUAAUAACAAUUAUGUUGUGGAUAAUUCAAUUUAUUAUUUUAAACAAAUUUCAAAUAUUUUCCAAAAAUUACUUUUUCAAGAUGGUUUAAAAAAUGAAGAAAUUAUUUUUGGUAUUGAAAUUUGUUUACAAUCAAUUAAUAUACUUUUAAAUUAUAAUCAUUCUGAUAAAGUAGAGUUAUUUUUUAUUAUUUCCAUAAAUUUAAUUUCAAAUUUAAAUGAUUUAAAAGAUUCAAAAGAUUCAAAAUUAUUAUUAAAAUCAAAAUCAAUUUUACUUUAUUGUUUAAAGAUAGUAGAAAAUAAUAGUUCUCAAAUUUAUGAUAAAUUAAAUACAUGUUUAAAUAAAUUAAAUCUUUUAAUUGUUUAG